UGCACCGUUUUCAGGGUUACCUGCUGAGCUGGGAUGUGUUCUGGGAUCUCACGAGUAACAUCAUCAUCUCCGGCUGCGACUCCACGCUCACUGUGCUGGGGAUGAGUGCUGUUAUCUCCUCUGUUGCACAUUACCUGGGUCUCAGCAUCCUGGCUUUCAUAGGUUCGACUGAGGAGGAGGACAAGCGGUUGGGCUUUGUGGCUCCUGUCCUGUUUUUCAUCCUGGCUCUUCAGACUGGCCUCAGCAGCCUGGAACCUGAGGAACGUCUGGUCCGCCUAAGCCGGAACAUGUGCCUUCUGCUGACCGCCAUCCUGCACUUCAUUCACGGCAUGACUGACCCCGUCCUCAUGUCUCUCAGCGCUUCCCAUGUCUCCUCUUUUCGGCGGCAUUUCCCCGUCCUGCUGGUGUCCCUGGCGCUCUUUGUACUCCCCGUGGUGCUCAGCUACGCCCUCUGGCAUCACUACGUCCUCAACACCUGGCUCUUUGCCGUCACCGCCUUCUGUGUUGAGCUCUGCCUCAAGGUGAGCGCAAACAAUUUAUCUUUGACUGGAAUGGAUGACGUCCAAUGUCUCCCAACGUUUUCACAGUCUGUGAGAUUUUUGUGUGUUAUGUUAGUCAUUCAGUUUCACGUAUGUGAGGUUUUUUGGACUCAGCAUGACUCAAACUAAUGAAAAAAAUUAAUGAAUUAACAUCCUUGCGGCCCGGCCGGGCACAGGCCGAAAACGGGACACCACCCGCAGGAGGCACCUUAGGGGUCGGGUGCAAUGCGAGCCGGGCGGCAGCCAGGAGCGGAGGCCCUGGCUGACCCGAUCCCCGACUACCAAGACUGGCAAUUGGGACAUGGAA